GUAGAGAGUCUCUGCUUGUGUUCUGUCUCACACGCAAUUUCUUGGUCGCUGCCUCUCACUCGCUCACACUCGCCUUUUUAUCUCUCUCUUUCCUCUCCUUCAAUCUCUAGGGUUUCAAUUUGGCCUAAUUGAAUUCCCCAAGGGUACCGAGUCAAUACAUCAUCAUGGACUCUGAUUCGUGGAGCAAUCUGUUCUCAUCAUCCAACGCCAGGCGGUACCAGUCUCGAUCCGAUCUGUUCGGGCACGAGGAGAUGGAGGGAGACGAUGAGAUAAAGGCUGAGUUUUUAUGUCCUUUUUGCGCUGAGGAUUUUGAUGUCGUUGGGCUUUGUUGUCACAUCGAUGAGGAGCAUCCUAUUGAGGCUAAGAAUGGGGUCUGUCCAGUUUGUGCAAAGAGGGUUGGAGCAAAUCUUGUCACCCAUAUUACCACGCAACACGGGAGUUUGUUAAAGGUUCAGCGCAAAAGGAAAUUCCGCAGGGGAUCUAAUUCAACAUUUUCAAUAUUAAGGAAAGAGCUGAGAGAAGGAAGUCUGCAAGCCCUUCUGGGAGGGUCUUCAUUUGCAUUUCCCUCAAAUACAGAACCUGAUCCUCUGUUGUCUUCUUUUAUAUACAAUGCCCCUGAUGAACAUGUGAGUGAACAACCCCAUCCUUUAGUUGAAGCGCCUUUCAUGAAGGAAAACAUAAAAGAAGAGUCCUCAGAAAGAAUUGUGCAACAACCACCUCUAUCAACUAAAGAUCAAGAGGAGAAGGCUCGGAAGUGUAAAUUUGUCCAAGGAUUGCUGAUGUCCACCAUUCUUGAUGACUUAUGAGUUAAAAGCGGCUAGCAGUUAUGGCCAAUCCUAAGUCAGGACCCAGAGCCCUAGUGUAAGACGGGAAAAAGGUGGUUCUAUUUAUGUAACAACUGGUAAUAGUUAGAAGAGAACAACUAUGUAUUUGUAUUGUACCUAGUUAUAUGAAAAUAACAACUUA